AUGGAGGUUAUUCGACGUCGCUGUUUAUUUAUUUUUUUCCCAUUCGUCGAGAAGUUUGACGGGUUUCGUGCCAUCGGGUUUGAUGGAAAUGCUUUCGACUGCGUUAGGACGAGAAGAGGAUGGAAGAAGUUUUGCCGGCGGGGAGACGGCACCCGUUGCUGGAUGAAGGAGCAUUCGACGUGAAGCUGCAGCUCUGGGCUCUGCGCAUUCCUCGAGAGCUCUGCAGCCUCGCGAGCCGCAUCCUCAACGGGUACGGCGACUCCUUCUUGGGUUUUUUUAUCUACUUUCGGAAAUGGUUGUCUGUCAAGGCGCCCUGUUUCACCGCGUUUCUUCAUUCCAGCAGAUAUCUGCUGGACAGGCCCCGUAUCAAGCCCAUCACGGAGGAUUCCUCCUCUGACAAAAACCGCCUGCUGAUACUAUCAGAGAAGAUUCAGGACUCCGGUAAGAAGAAUUUGGCCACCGUCCCCUGUCGUCUAAUGAUGCCAGUGAGCACGGGAUCACCUUGCCAUUGCCUUCUACUCCAUUCAUCAUUACGAUUUUUUUCCUCAAGAAGGACGCCUUUGACGUGACAGACUUAUCUGAAAUCUCGACUGAAGCAUUGAAAACUUUGAAGGAAUUAUGCGUGAUUGAAGUGGUUCCGCAUUCAUUGACUCUUGGGUAUUCAUACUGGGGCGCAGGUCGGUAGCAUUCGUGACCUCAAAAAUUAUUUUCUUCCUGCCUCAUUGGAUGAUCUUUUGGAAAGUAUGUCCCAUUAUGACUCAGCUAUCAAGAGUUUAUCCUGUUCACGUUUUAUGCAAGAAAGCACAUUCCAAGCGUCCCAGUUCUUAGACUAGUUAUGAAUUUUCAACGGGAAAUAUACACCAAACUUGUGCACAUUCUAAUGUUGUUUUAUGCAAGUGGCGUGCAUAAUCGGGCUCCUCAUGGUUAAAUUUUAUCUUUAUAGAUUAUAUGUUUAGUGGGUGGAAAAUGUGAACCAUCUCUUUUUGCUUCAAUCUUUGCUGCCGAAUCUUUUUAAUGUUAAGACGCUCUACAUGUUACCAGCGUUGCCUCCUUUGGUGGGACCCCAAAAAAAAGUAUCUCUUUUCGCUCUAUGUAGUUUCUCCAUUUCUUCUCUUUUAAAUGUGGAUGGGUGAAAACCAAACUAGUUGGUCCUGCCUGAUUGAGUUCACAUUAGGUCGGAAAGUUGGUUUGCUUUUUAUUGGAGGUGAUUAUUAUUUAACUAUAAUUCACAAUGACUUUUGUAUAUUUUAGAUUACAUCUUGAGGCAGAUAUUGCCCCCUGGAACAGAGGUGCCUUCGUCAUUUGAAACAAUAGUUGAGUACUCUCUAUGCCCUUUCUUUUAAAGUUAAAUAUUUUCCGUGCUGACUUGAACUUUUUUCAAAAUAUUUGCAUUUUUUUAUUUAAUAUUUGUUUUCAUCUUUUCUUGAUUUACUCAGCCAGCUUCUCUCAUCCGAUUUUUACUGUUUAAAUGUGAAUACUUUUUUGACAUUUCCGCCUUCAUCUCCAGGGCAUAUUGCUCAUUUAAAUAUCACAAGUGAGCUGCUUCCCUACAAAGACGUAAUUGCACAGGUUAUUUAUGAGGUAUGUCCAAAUCGUGUCUCUUUGUCUACUCUCUUCAUUAGUCUUAAUCUUUGAAUUAAAAUGAUAGUUAAGCCAUAGAAUUUGAUUAAUUCAUUUUAAUUCAAGUUCUGUUUUUUUUUCUAUGAAAUCUGCGUGCAUAUUCAUUUUAUCUCUUAUUAUAAUUUUUUUUACCCUCUCUCCCCCUCUCUUGCUCUCUCUCUCUCUCUCUCUCGCAUAUCUAUUCACAUGUUUGUCCUAAAAAAUCCAAUGCCUGAGAUUAUUAAAAGGAUGGCGAUCAAUUUCAUAAUUAUAUUUUUAUCGUCUACUUACUAAUUUUCCUCAUAUUGACUGGUCAUUGUCUACUCACAUGCUGGAUCUCUUAUAAGAUGAACAUUCUUGUUCAAAAGUUUUGAAACAAACUCUUUUGAUUGUAUAUUAUUUUUUGUGACAAUGUCAUUGAAUUUUAGAUAGAGUGAACAUUAUUGGAAUUCCUCUAUAUUGAGAACCCCGUAACACAUAUGAAAUAUAUUCAUUGGUGUACAAUUGUCCAUUGGUAUACAGCUGUGUUUAUUUUAUGGAUAGACAAGUAUUUCCCAAUAGAGCAAUGUUUUGAGGAGGGUCGUUGAGUCUAGUUCUAAAGUUUCUUUUAGGGCUGCUAAUCUGGAGAGUGAAUCUCCUGUGGGUAAAUCCUACAAGAGAGUUUUUCUAGUCCUUGCAGGACCCCGUUUUAACGGACCACACCAUGGAGAGGCUCCUUUACCUCAAAGUUUUUUCAGUUCUCAAUUAACUCCCUGAUUUUAUACUGUUUAUCUGUUUGGUUUUUGUGUCCAAGGAUUUUUCAUCUUUGAGGAUAAUAUCUGCGUUUUUGUAUGAUUCAAAACAUCUGAUUUUUUUUGAAUCAUCUGUGAUCAUUAAUUCUCAUAUUUAUGAUGGUGAUCUUUGCUGAUUUUUUUUCCUGUUCGUUUUUUAUUCAUGGUCUACUGAGUCCCCCCCCUGCUUUCCUUUUAAUUCUAUUCAAGAAAGACUAGAGUUUCUUAUUACCUUCCUUUUCUUCUCUUGAUGUAGAAAAACCAACCAAGAAUCAAAACUGUGGUAAAUAAGGUUGGAACUAUAACAAAUGAGUUUCGUGUGCCAAAGUUUGAGAUAUUAGCUGGAAAAGCAGACAUGGUCACUGAGGUUAAGCAGUAUGGGGCAACAUUUCGGCUUGAUUAUGGUUUGGUAUAUUGGAACUCAAGAUUGGAACAUGAGCAUAUAAGAUUGGUCUCGCUAUUCAGGGAAGGAGAAACUAUUUGUGAUAUGUUUUCUGGGAUUGGUCCUUUUUCAAUUCCAGCCGCCCAAAAGGGUUGCAUAGUUCAUGCAAAUGAUUUAAAUCCAGAUAGUGUUCAUUAUUUAAGAAUUAACACAAAAAUCAACAAGGUAGAGGACAAUGUUCGUACAUAUAACCUGGAUGCUAGAGAAUUCAUGCGCCAUUUGAUGCAAGUUUUGGAUAAGCCAGAAUACUCAGUUGAUUCCUCAAACAAUGAUGAAACAAAUAGUUCAUCCACUAAUAAAGAUGGUGUUGAAGAUGAAAAGAUAACCGGUACAUUGUCUCUGACUAAGUAUGUUGUUAUCUUUUUGUGUCGGAAAUUGUAUUUGACUGUUUAUCUUUGCAGCUGAUAAGAAAGAAAAGCUGGAUCUAGGCACAAAAGAUCAAGUUGUAAUGGAACCAUGCAUGGAGAUCGAUGUUACUCUUAAGAGGCAACUGCAAGAUGGUGUAGGAAGUAGGCCCUAAAAAACUUCGAAAGUUAUUACUGUGCAUUUUGCUAUCAGUUUUGUUCUUAUUGAUCUGAAUUUCUUUAUGCUUUUAAGUUGGCUAUCAUUGGAUCGUCUUUCUUUGUGGUUAAGACUCGUAUAAAAGAGGCUUUGAUGUACUUUUGCAUUUAUUAAUUUCUGUUGAUCUGGUCAUAAUUAAGCUCUGACAGUUGACUUUAAGUUAGUAGGUCAAGUGUGCUAUUUAUUACGGGGGUGUCUUGUGACAGAUUUGUGUGGCCCACGCCCUUAAAAAUUUGUGUUGGGAAAAGGAGCUCAGAGACCUAUGCCGGGGUGCUAUUUAGAUAAAAUCCGGGAAACUGCACAAAUGAACGUUUAAUUCUAGAUGACCACCAAAUUAUUAAGCAUGAGUCUUCACAGUGGAUUAAAUGUUUAGUGGAUUGAUUGUUUCUAUCAUCAUUUCAUCUUGACUUUUUUGCUUCUACAGGGUAUCAGAGUGUAAGUGAUGGUGGCAGGAUGUCAAAGAAUCAGUAUAAUGCAACAAAAAAGAAGAGGAUGCGUGGCUCUCAGUUAGCCAGUUCCAAGACGUGGGAGCAUAUUGAUCAUGUGAUUAUGAAUCUGCCAGCAUCUGCUAUUACCUUUCUUGGUGUGUUUUUCUCUAUAUUUGACAUCACUAAGUUAUCCAACUUUUGACGUGUUAAUCGGCAGCUUAGAAAGCUUACUUUUGUAGGUCUUUUUUUGUCGGGCAUUGAUGUCUUUACAUGGUCAGACGGCCCUUUUUGCUCAGAUUCUUGGAUGGUCAUGUUAAUAAAUUAUGAUAUCCUGCACGCCAUGCGAACUUAAGUUCCCAGUACACUGUAUCCUUUUGGUUCCUUGUUUCUUGUUACUCUAUGGAUGCACACCAGCUUUGCAUCAGAGUUAUCAAGACAUCAAGAAAACGCAAGCAAGCAAGGAAUGUGGAAUCGGAUUGGGUGUCUGGAAUGGACAGGCCAGAUCCUAGUUAAGUUGCCAUCUCUGUGGGGAUAAUUCGAUUGGGGUUUAUGAGGCUAGAAUAAUGGUGUAAAUACAAGUAUAUCUACUAAAUAAGGUUACGAUAUUAAUGGACAGAAUUAACUGGGACAGAUUUGCGAAUCAUAUUUUAGAAGGGAGUUUGGACUUGGGGGGCGGGGGACAGCUGGUUGGCAACAGUUAGCAGCGGUGAUCAAUGCCAAAUUACAGCUAACAACAGUCAGCAUUAGUUUCUUGGGUAUGAUUCAGUAAGGUCAUGAAAACCCUUUUAUGUAUAAUGAAGUAUUGUCUGAUGGCUUCUUGUGUACCUUUCUUUGAAAUCGACUUACCGAUUUUACACUUAUUUAAAUAGUUAGCCUUGAUAAUAGACCUCACAUGCUUGAGAACAAUGUUCUUUGCACAACACUGAUCCUCGGUGCAGUUGUCCCACAAGUUGAAUUGCUCUUCAUAUCAAUUAUCUUGUCUUUCAAAUGCCAUUUCGUAUCUUUUCUUUACUCCACUUUGUCCUAACUAUACAGUUUAUACUUUAACCGACAGACGUUUUUAAGGGUCUUCUUGAAAGGAAACAUUGGAAGGGAUCCUUACCAUGGAUACAUUGCUACUGCUUCAUGCGUUCAAACGAAUCUGAAGAGACCUUGCAAGCUGUAAGUUUUUAUUCCUGGAUUCCAUUUGCACUGAUAAAUAGAUCUAUAAAAGAGUUUCACCAUACCUCUAACGGCUGUGAUGGUGCUUUUGGCCUCCUCUUUACUUGCUUCUGGCUUAUCUUUAAUUUUAUGUACUCUCUGGGGUCUUGGGCUUCUUCUCGACUUUGUUUUGUUUCACAUCUUAAAGUAGGCUUCAGAUUUAUAGUGGUAACUAUGUUAAAAUUCACGUACAUACUAAGUAUCUGUUCAGGAAUAUCUGUUCUGGGGUAUGGUCUGAUAAUAAGUCUUUAUUUUACAGUCGUUGUUACAAUAGAGUCGCCUACCUUGCGUUUCUUAAAUGCCAGAAAUUCAACUAGUUUGGGUAAUGUGAGAAUUUAUGGAGAAGAACAAAAAAUAGUCCUUCAAUCCACUAGUCUCAUUGCUCGUGGAUACAUACAACCCAAUCAUGAUCCAGUUGUUGAAUUUCGGAGCUUCAAUUAAACCAAGAGAUGAGGACACUCUUCAUACUCCAUUCUUUUCGUCUUCUGUUCUUUUAUAAACAACAUUGUAACUGGUUGUGGCAUGAAGUUGGUUCGACAUAGCGAAUUCUAAUAACCAGUCACGCAAAGACCAGAAAGAAGCAUUUGUGGGUGGCCACACUAGUACUGUUUAGGAUCAUGAUGGUGUUUAAGAAUGUUACCAAAUGAAUUGACAAACGCAGGAAGGCGGCUUCUGCUUCUCUUUACCAAUUAAUAUUUCAUUUUUUCUACUAAUUUCUCAGUUCUUUUAUUCACACCAUCCCCAGUUUCUGCCUCUAAGAAUCUUGCUAGUUGUUUGAAGGUAACACUCUACUGCUAUGUGACAGUCUACUGAUUCACUUGCAGAUUGCAGAGUCCAUGUUGGAUUCUAAGAUACAAGAUCCGCGGUUUCAUAUUGUGAGAGAUGUAGCUCCGAACAAGGUGAGAACUCCCAUCGCAAAUUGUACAACGAGCCGUAUGGCAAUUUGGCAUUGAGAAAAAUACAUAUGAAUCAUGGUCAACCUCAGCAAUAUUUAACAUGGCUAAAGCGUGGGCCUUCUUAUACUGCUUCUCAUUUCAUUCGGAGUGCCUCUAUUUCUGCUUCCUAGCCGUGCUUAAACAUUUUUUUUUCACUAUUCAUGUAUUUAGGAAGAGAUUUGCUUAACCAUCUACGCAAAACAUAAAACAUAACAUUGAUCGUCUAGCAAAGCUUUGCAAAUCGUGAGUGUUUAUCCUAAAUCCUAAAUCCUCAACCUGUUAAUCUAGAGUUCGCCUCUUAAAUAUUCGGCCAGUCUCUUGAACUUCUGGAAAAAAAAAAGUUUAUUCUCUCAGUUGUGGUGCUACUCACAGGUUCUCCCAAAGGACAACAACGAUUUAGGGAAACAUGUCAUGGAAUAAACCUCCAAAACCUUUCCUUAGGCCUGGUAUGCCUGUGCAUCAAAGAGGAGAUUCUAAAUUGCCCUUUUUUUUAUGAAAGAAAUUCCAAUUAUGGUGCAUUGUGGUACAUGCUUUGAUGGCUAUGCAUUAGCAUGUAAUUCCAGGGAUGGUUGGGCCUGGUCAUUUGUCACUCCCAUGCUUAAUCUCCUACAGUGGCACCUCGCGUUCUGAAGGAGAGGCACAAUUAUUGAUGCCCCGUGUAAAGUACUUAACUGAUGCACCAAGAAAUAGAAGCCAUACUUGCACUAUUAUUGGAUCAAUGCAGCAUUUGUCAGAUAUCACAGUACUUAACAUUUUUCUUUGGGUUGCAGGCCAUGGUUUGUUUGAGCUUCAGAUUGCCAGGGGAGUCAUGCUUCAGAGCUGAAUCCCAUUCCCCGGGUAAUAAUUUCUGAUAUUAUGUUCUAA